AUGUCUGCAGGCAACGGCACCCCUUGGGGGUCAGCAGCGGGGGAGGAGGUCUGGGCUGGAUCAGGAGUGGAGAUGGAGGGCUCAGAGCUGCCCACCUUCUCGGCAGCAGCCAAGGUCCGUGUGGGUGUGACCAUUGUGCUGUUUGUUUCUUCGACUGGAGGGAACUUGUCAGUCCUGUGGUAAGUGACAUGGCGGCAACCCAGCCAGCUCCGCCCCUCUCCGGUCAGGAGACUUUUCGCCCAUUUAGCAGCCGCCGACUUACUACUCACUUUUGUGGUUAUGCCCGUAGAUGCCACCUGGAAUAUCAAUGUUCAGUAGCUGGCCGGGGACAUCGCAUGUCGGACACUCAUGUUCCUGAAACUAAUGGCCGUGUAUUCUGCAGCUUUCCUGCCUGUGGUCAUUGGACUGGACCGCCAGGCAGCAGUACUCAACCCGCUUGGAUCCCGUUCAGGUGUAAGGAAACUUCUGGGGGCAGCCUGGGGACUUAGUUUCCUGCUUGCCUUGCCCCAGCUGUUCCUGUUCCAUACCGUCCACCAAGCUGGCCCAGUCCCUUUCACUCAGUGUGUCACCAAAGGCAGCUUCAAGGCUCAAUGGCAAGAAACCACCUAUAAAACCACCUAUAACCUCUUCACCUUCUGCUGCCUCUUUCUGCUGCCACUGACUGCCAUGGCCAUCUGCUAUAGCCGCAUUGUCCUCAGUGUGUCCAGCCCCCAGACAAGGAAGGGGAGCCAUGCCCCUGUUGGUGAAUUUGUCCUCUGCCGCUCCUUUGACAAUCAUCCCUGUGUUUGUCUCCAGGCCCUGAGACUGGCCCUGCUUAUCUUGCUGACCUUCAUCCUCUGCUGGACACCUUAUUACCUACUGGGUCUGUGGUACUGGUUCUCCCCCACCAUGCUAACUGAAGUCCCUCCCAGCCUGAGCCACAUCCCUUUCCUCUUUGGCCUCCUCAGUGCUCCUUUGGAUCCUCUCCUCUAUGGAGCCUUCACCCUUGGCUGCAGAAUACGGCACCAAGAACUUAGUAUAGACUCUUCUAAAGAAGGGUCUGGGAGAAUGCUCCAACAGGAGAUUCAUGCCCUCAGACAGCUGGAAGUACUAAAAACUGUGACGUCAAGAAGAGCAGGAGAAACAAAAAGCAUUUCUAUGACAUCUAUCUGAUCCUAACAGAGUAUAUAUGAACAGAAUAGUAAGUCUUUAGUACUAUAAGAUCUUAACAUCUCACUUCUACUCCUGCUCUCCUAGUUCCCCCAAAAAAGAAAUACUGACCAGUGUCUCCACUUUAAACCCUACCUGAAACUUGAGACUAUGUCUAAUAUAGAAACUCACAUAACCAGCCGAGGCAACACAGCAAGACCCCAUCUCUACAAAAAUAUUAAAAAUUUAGCUGGGCAUGGUGGCAUAUGCCUGUAAUCCCAACUACUAGGGAGGGUGAGGCAGAAGGGUGGCUUGAGCCCAAGAGUUUGAAGCUGUAGUGAGCUACGAUCAGCUGCACUCCAGCCUGGGGAACACAGCAAGACUCUAUCUCAAAAAAAAAGAAGAAAUACAUAGAGUUCAGUACCUAGAAGUAUCUUCACAGCCUUACUAUGCUUUAGAACUUUCAAUUUUAGGACAGGAAAGUAACAUUAAAUGUAGAAAACAAAAAUGGAACAUUUAUUCGCAACUCAAAUACUACGCAUGUAGGGUAAGAGAUUAAAUAUAAACACAGCAAGUUCCACCCCAGUCCUAUUUGUCCAAGGCUGCAUGGUCAAAUGGAAUCUUGAAGAGAACAUCUGGACAACAGAGGACCUGUCAGCGACGUCUCCGGUCUGGACUUCUGCUGCGUCUUCGGCCACCUCUAGGGAGAAAGAAGCAAGGAGAGGGGUCCAUUAGAGGGACAUAAUACUAAGUCUUCAUUCUGUUUCGUUCGUAUUCCCUUCACCCAGUGUUUGCCCUCUUCAUUUUACCUCCUCUUGCCUUUUGGUGGACCCCGAACAAAACACCAGUCAACGCUGAUGGGCUGUCCCAUCAAAUCCUGGCCAUUGAGUCCCUCCAUAGCAGCCUGGGCUUCCUUGUAUGUUUCAUACUCAACUAGAGUAUACCCCUGGGGAAAGUGAAAAGACAGAUAUGAAAACUCUCCUAUUUCCCCAAGUAUCACUGAGUAUCUUUCUCCUCAAAUCUAAACUCAGAAAAAUCUACACACUUUAAACAAUGAAUGUACAUCAUAUAUCUCUACUGUAUAUAUACAACAUCUCCGUUUCUGUCUCUUUGGCGUGUCUGACAAAACAUGGAUUUCCAAUGUCAUUUUAUUUCAACUUUGCUCUUGGCCAACCACAGCAAACACAGAACUACCAAUGCUGUCUAAGGGUUAUGAAAGAAAGGAGGCAAUAAAGUGUCACUUAGGAUACCUUCA